AUGGGUUGUGAAGUGUUGCCGGGGAGCAAUGCCAAACCUAAGUCUGUGCGCCGAGCUAAGCAAUGGACAGCUGAGGUGGAAAACCUUUACAGGUUCCAAGAAGCCGGUUACAGGGAUGAGCUGGAAUACCGACAAAUAAAGCAAAUAGAGGUUGACCGUUGGCCAGAAACUGGCUUUGUGAAGAAACUUGAGCGAAGAGAUAAAACCUUUUUUUACUUCAGCAGAAAACGGGAAUGUGAGGACAGAGAGGUCCACAGAGUAAAAAUCUAUGCAUACUGA